AUGGACGAGAUGGACGAGAUGGACAAGAUGGACAGGAUGGACAAGAUGGAUGACAAGAUCCAAGAUACCACGAGUCCCUCCAUAGUAGUGUUCAUGCACUCUCGUUCACUCGAGGAAGGUGUGACCCCAGACGAAGGAUACCAUGAGGAAGGAGCGACAGAAGAGGAAGGAGCGAUGGAUGCGGAUGUAGCGAGUGACGACAUCGUGCAGUACCACAACUUAUAG